AAUGUCAAAUUUCUAUGACGAAAUUUUGGAAUGGGCUGCUAAAUGUUCAAAUCCUUUAUGUUCAUCGGCAUGGAUUACUAUCACUUAUCAAAAAUCUUAUGACGUCAUUGAAUUUUGUAUACUUCAGGCAAUUUUAAAAAUUAAGAACAGAAUAUUAAAGAUUACUGUUACAAUUAACAGUGCUGAGAAAGUAUUCAAGCUCAAUGAUAUUGAAACUUGCUCUUUACUAGAUGAAACAUUUGGUUCCAAUUCCUCUUCCAUUAAAUUUCAACCAAAAGAGUAUGGACCACUGGCUACAAAUGUUGGAUUUAAUGCAAUUCAUAUAUUUGCACAUGAUGAAAAAGCGCCUGAACAUAAUUACGAAAAAUUUGAAGAUGCCGCUAAACUUGAAUCAGGAGCAACAUGA